AUGGAUUAUGUUUCAAAGUGGGUAGAAGCUAAGGUUACCUGGACUGAUGAUGCUAAAAUGGUUAUAGAUUUUGUCAAAUCUCAUAUUUUUGUUAGGUUCGGGACACCGAAGGCUAUAAUUAGUGAUUGCAGGACUCAUUUUUGCAAUAGAGUGGUGGAAGCUUUAUUAAAGAAAUACAAUGUUACCCACUGCAUCUUUAUUGCUUACCACCUGCAAACAAGUGGACAAGCUGAGGUAUCCAAUAGAGAGAUCAAAUCCAUACUCAAGAAGAUUGUCAACCCAAAUUGGAAGGAUUGGAGUAUAAGGCUUGAUGAUGCACUUUGGGCUUAUAGAACAACCUAUAAAACUCCUAUAAGUAAGUUGCGUUCUCGUUGGAUAAGACCUUUUGUUGUUACUUAUGUCUUUCCUCAUGGUGCAGUGGAGAUAAGGAGCCUCAAGAUAAAUACGGUGUUUAAGGUGAAUGGCCAUCAACUUAAGCACUAUUAUGAGUCAUUACAGGUUGAGGACGUGGAGGUGGUGGUAUUGACUGAUCCAGUUUACAUGGAUUAA